AUGACUGAAAUGGAGAAUAGCCUACAAGCCGCCAUCGACGCUGGCAAAAUCAACGGCGCCGUGAUCUGCGCCACCGACGCCCAAGGCCAUUUCGUCUACAACAAAGCAUUCGGCGAGCGCACUCUCCUAUCAGGCGAGAAGCGACCUCAAAAGAUCGAUGACAUUCUAUACCUCGCCUCAGCCACAAAGCUAGUGGCGACCAUCGCCGCUCUACAAUGUGUCGAAGACGGCCUCCUAACUCUAGACGGAGACCUCUCAAGCAUUAUCCCCGAACUAUCCACCAAGCAAGUCCUCACCGGCUUCUCAGAGGAUGGAAGUCCACAAUUUGAGCCUCCAAAUCACCCAAUCACCCUCAAAAUGCUCCUCACACAUAGCGCCGGCACAACCUACUACUUCAUGAACCCGCUCAUCAACAAAUGGCGCGAUCAGUUCACAGACACCCAAUCGAAAGAUCUUUCUGUCGAAGAACUAUUCUGUUACCCACUCGCCUUCCAUCCCGGCACGAGCUGGAUGUACGGCUCGGGACUCGACUGGGCAGGCCGAAUAGUCGAGCGAGUUACAGGCGAGACGCUGAUAUCGUUCAUUCAACGACGCAUUUUCAACCCGCUCGGUAUCAAAGACGGUCAAUUCUACCCCGUCACCCGGGAAGAUCUACAAGAGCGUCUCGUGGAUUUGAAUCCCGAUGAUCCCACUUGCCUGGGCCGUGCAGUCCUCGGUGGUGGAGGCGAUAUGAAUGCGCGCACACGCGGAGACUUCGGAGGCCAUGGACUGUUCUUGCCUGGGUCUGAUUAUAUCAAGAUUCUGCACUCGUUUCUUGCUAGUGAUGGGAAGUUGUUGACUUCGGGUACUGUUGACGAGAUGUUCGAGCAUCAGUUGAGUCCGGAGGCUACGGUGGGGUAUCAAGAUGCGCUUAGUGGACCGGCGGGGAUCUUCUUCCGCGUUGGAACUGAGGCUGGUGCGAAGGUUGGGUAUGGAUUGGGUGGGGUGUUGACGCUUGAGGAUGUUGAUGGGUGGUAUGGGGAGAGGACGUUGACUUGGGGUGGGGGCUUGACGUUGGCUUGGUUUAUUGAUCGGAAGAAUGAUCUUUGUGGUGUUGGUGCUGUUCAAUCUGCUUUGCCUGUUGACGUGGAGCUGGUUUCUGAGUUGAAGCAGAUAUUCAGACAUGAUAUUUAUCGUAAGAAAGCUGCGUGGGAGCAGCAGAGUUCGAGGUGA